UUUUAGUAGUGCGCCUAGUUUGUCAGAUCGGAAAUGGGAAAAAAAAACAAAUAUAAAAAAGAGGCGGGAGACCAAGCUCAACCAUCUUCGUCGCAGCAACAAAAAGAUGUUGAAACGAAACCAAAACCUGGGUUUGGUGACCAACCAGAUAAUGUCCCACAAGGCCCCGGGGGCAGUUCUGAUCUUCAACAGAGAGCUGCAAGACAAGCGCAGCAAACUGGUCCACCUCAGCAACAGGGGCAGGCGCAGCAAAGUGCUCCACCUCAGCAGCAGCGGCAAGCGCAGCAAAGUGGUCCACCUCAACAGCAGCGGCAAGCGCAGCAAAGUGGCCCACCUCAGCAGCAAUGGAGGCAACCCACACAGCAGCAACCACAGCUUCAGCAGAGAGGUCCGCAACAACAAAAACAACGUGAACAUCAGCAACAGGAAAGACAGCAGCUAAUUCGACAAGAAGCUGGUGCCAUAGUUAAAAGUUUACCCAAUACAGGCCCUAUUAAGCGCGGAACUAUUGGACGACCUGGUCAAGUAGAAGCUAACUACUUAAAUAUUGAUAUGGCUAAAAUGCCCUCAACAGCCUAUCAUUAUGAUGUAAAAAUUACCCCUGAACGACCAAAAAAGUUUUACCGUGCUGCCUUUGAAAAAUUUCGCGUUCAAUAUCUCGGUGGGCUCGUGGCUGCAUUCGAUGGACGAAGCUCAUGCUAUUCUGUCGACAAACUUUCUGUUCUUAAUGUAGGCAAGGAAGUUGAGGUAAUGGAUCCCAAUGGUCGCGGAAUACACUACACAAUCGAGAUCAAAGAGACAGAUAACUUUGAAAUUGACCUUAGCUCACUCAGAAGUUAUAUGACAUCAAAAAUUUAUGAUAAGCCCAUGCGUGCUUUGCAAUGCUUGGAGGUAGUAUUGGCGGCACCAUGCCAUCAGAAAGCCAUACGCGCUGGCAGAUCCUUCUUUAAAAAAUCUCAAAACGAACCACGAAGAGAGUUGUUUGAUGGCUACGAGGCCUUGGUUGGUCUUUAUCAAACGCUUGUGCUAGGCGAUAAACCUUGCGUAAACGUUGAUAUAUCGCACAAGUCGUUUCCUAUUGCUCUAUCAGUAAUCGAAUAUUUGGAAAAAUAUGGCUAUAGAAACCAGAUCAAUGCGAACACAGAUCUAUCAAAUUCUAUGCGUUCUAUUAUGCCCUUUCUUAAAGGCAUUAACGUUGUGUAUAAGCCGCCAGACUGUUUCGGCAGUUCUCCCCGGUUGUACAAGGUGAAUGGGCUUACACUCAACCCUGCAUCGAAACAGAAAUUUCAGUAUGAAAAUGAAAACAUAACAAUAGCGGACUAUUUCCGGAAGCGAGGGUAUCCGUUAAAGUUCCCAAAUUUAUAUUGUCUCCAUGUUGGGCCUCCUGCUAAAAACAUAUACUUGCCAAUGGAAUUUUGCUCCAUAGAGGAGGGGCAAGCCUUGAACCGUAAAGACGGGGAAAGGCAAGUUGCACAAAUGAUUAAGUACGCUGCCACAUCCACGAACGAGCGCAAGAGAAAAAUUGUUGACUUACUCGAAUACUUCCAACAUAACUCGGAUCCAACCAUUUGCCGCUUUGGUAUACAAAUUGGUUUGCAGUUCAUUGUUGUGCCAACUAGGCUUCUGCAAUCCCCACAAAUAGAGUACAACUCUAAGAUAAUGGAGCCAGUAUUCAAUGGGUCGUGGCGUAUGAUGAAGCGACAAAAUUUUCUUGUCACAAAUCCAAGAGACCAUAAAUGGGCCAUUCUACAUUGCCAAUCAGAUCGUAUGCCGUAUAACAAACUUAUGGAUUUAGCUGAUAUGGUACUGCAGAAUGCUCGGAUUGUUAACGUUAAAUUGGAAGCUAAGCCUGAUAUCAGGCCUUUUUCUGAUGAUGUCGCAUUAGAUAAACAUUUCGCAGACCUUAAAGAAAAUAAGACAGAUUUGGUCUUUGUUAUUAUACCAAAUCGCGGGGUCCCCUACCAUACUAUUAAGCAAAAAGCUGAGCUGAAACAUGGCAUAUUAACCCAAUGCAUUAAAAGUAAUAACGUCGAACGACGCCUUAAUGGACAAUUGAUCGGCAACGUAUUGCUUAAGGUUAACUCCAAACUGAACGGAACAAAUCAUAAGAUUAAGGACGAUCCGAACAUCAGACUUCAGAAUGUUAUGUAUUUAGGCGCAGAUGUGACACAUCCCUCGCCCGAUCAGCGGGAAAUCCCUAGUGUGGUGGGCGUGGCUGCUUCUCAUGACACCUACGGCGCCUGCUAUAACAUGCAGUACCGUUUGCAGCGCUCCACCGUCGAAAACAUAGAGGAUAUGGAAAGCAUUGUUACUGAGCAUUUGAAUAUUUAUCGCAAAUACCAGAAACGCUAUCCGGACCACAUUAUCUAUUAUCGGGACGGCGUUAGUGAUGGACAAUUCCCAAUAGUCAAACAAAAUGAAUUGCGUGCAAUUAAUGCGGCUUGCGCAAAGCUUAAAUUCGCACCAAAAUUGACUUGCAUCAUUGUUGUUAAACGCCACCAUACUCGCUUCUUCCCAAAUGGCCAACCAACUGAUCGCAACAAGUUUAACAACGUGGAACCUGGAACUAUAGUAGAUAGGGUUAUUGUGCAUCCCAAUGAACCACAGUUUUUCAUGGUCAGCCAUCAAUCUAUUCAGGGCACUGCAAAGCCGACACGUUAUAAUAUCAUCGAGGACACCGGAAACUUAGACAUUGAUUUGUUGCAACAGCUGACAUAUAAUUUAUGCCACAUGUUUCCUCGUUGCAAUCGCGCCGUGUCCUAUCCGGCUCCGGCCUAUUUAGCACACUUGGUGGCGGCUCGUGGACGCGUCUAUUUAGGCGGCGCCAAGGGUUUCCGUUCCCCGAAAGAAGAGUACCAAAAAAGAUUGAUUAAAACAGACUUCUUGGAUCGUAACCCCAUGUACUUCGUGUAAAAGUGCAAUUGGAAAAUAUAAUACUUACCUUAAAGCAUAAAACAUAUUAAAUAUUGAUUACUACUGAUUUGUUUUAAAUAAAUACUGGGCUCAUAA